AUGGAUCCUAUAAUCUUACCCUUUUUGACUCAGGAAUUUAGCAAUUUUCUGCACUGGAUUUAUGAUAGAGAGUGGUGUCCUUUUCAAUUGACAGAAGAAAGUCUAGUGGACCUUCUAGAGGUGGCUUUUACUUUGAAGGCUGAGGAUGGAAUUUCCUAUGCUGUUCAUGGUUUGGAAAGUCUUGGAACACCUCCUGCCAGAAUGUUAGAGCUAGUUGGCGAUUUUCAUCAUAUUCCUGAUGUUCAUCGUUGGCUUGGUCCUGCUGUAAAAGCUCUCAUUCAGAGGCCACUAGGUGAAAUCACACAAGAUGAGGAAAGGCAGAUUCUUGUUGCCUAUCCUACCAUUGCUAGGACCAGAGAGGCUAUAUGCACUUUACUUAUGGAAAUAUCCCAAGCAACGUUUCCUCUUUUUUUGGUUGAUAAAGAACAAGGUCUGCCUUCCUCUGAAGCUUGCUCUGAGCAUGCAGCCUGCAUCGAAUCCUGGCACUCUGUGUGGAAAGAAAAGAUCACCUCCUGUCUUUUGGACUUCAAGAAGCCUCUUACCUACAAGGAGCUUCUUGAUAUUCUACAGAGCACCGAUUUUCCCUUAGUAAAUCCUUUUUGCAAGAAUCGAAUGCUAAAAUGGUUGAAAAAGAAGAAUAAUUUCCCUGGAAUGCAACAAAUUUUAGACUAUGCAGUAGCUUCAGUGGAGGAUAUUUACAGAAUUUACCCAAGCACUCCUAUUUCUGCUUCGACUAUAGCUUGA